AUGGGGAAGGGCCAUGCUGAGGACGGCCACCUGCCAGAAAGAGCAAAGCCUCCAGAUGGUGGCUGGGGCUGGAUAAUACUGUUUGGUUGCUUUGUCAUCACUGGCUUUUCCUAUGCCUUUCCAAAGGCAGUGAGCAUAUAUUUCAAGGAGCUGAUGCAUGACUUCCAUGUGGGCUAUAGUGACACAGCUUGGAUCUCAUCUAUCAUGCUGGCUAUGUUGUAUGGAACAGGUAAGGAUCACAUGACUCUGUCCCGUGAAACACUUCCUUGUCUGUGCUUAUAAAUGUACACAGCCAUGAAAGCAAAGAUCUAGCCAAGGAUCUCACUGGUUUAUUGUGAGUGGCCUCCUUAACAACCUUCCUUCAUUCCCACCGACAGUCUGCCGCUAUUCUGAGCAGAGUGAGCUUUCACCCAGCUCCCCUCCUGGAUUCCUAUAACUUCAGCUGCCCUGGUGCCCCAGACCCCUGCAGUCCACAGCAUUUCUGGCCCCCAGAUCUGGGGGGGCGGGAGAGCAAAUAACUAAUUGAGUAAACUUUCUUGUGUUGCAGUGGUUGAAUGCUGGCAAGCAUUCUUUGACAUUGCUUUGCACAUUGCAAUGCCAAUGGCUGGGGCAGAGAACAAAAGACUUGUAGACAAAUAGCCAGCAGUCAGAUGUCUGAGGUGUGAGGCUACUGUCCUGUUUGCCUAUGAAGUAUAACAGUGCCAGAGAGCAUCUUCCAGACAUUCAUGCAGUUCUUUUCCCAAGCGAGAAGACUGAGCUUGUGGCAGUGCACUUUGGGGAGUGGGCUGGGUCUGUUUGUGCUGGUGCAGAUGACAGUGCACCCUCGACAACAAAACAUGAGUCAGUCUGACCCAUUCCCUUCUACCUCUAGUUCAGUUGCCCCACUGACUGGAUGCCAGUCUCUCCAACUAUCAAGAAAACCUUACUGGCCCACAUGGUUCUCUACCCCCUUAUAUGACGUCCAGCAAUCACAGAGCUAAGACCUCUCCCAACUUGCUACUCAGGCUUCCCCCACCUCCAUCAUUGGGACCAUCUUCUGCUUUUUCUUCCUCCUCCUCCUCUGUCAGAUUCUGCCCACCCUGAUUGGCACCACAGGACCUAUGGCACAUGGCCCUGUGGAUGUUGUGUGCCCACUCUUGCUCUCCUGAACCACCCCUCUGGGAAUCACUUUCUCUUCAGUAUACUGUAUGUAGAGAGGAGAAGGAGAUGCAGCAGCCACAUGAUGAGCCCAGGAGUCUUUCAGCACACAUUGUGUGUGUGUGUUGGCAGGGGGAGACCCCAGAGGGAGGAGAAAUGGAAGUGGAAGAAGCUGAGAUGGUUGGGGCAAUCUCCCUGCAAAGCAAUCACUUUGGAGCUGUGCUUGUGGAGGAUGGACUGAGGGAGAAAGCUGAAAUGGACAGAGAGAUGGAAAGAGAGGAGAAAGCAGGGAGAGAGCUGUGGUGGCCUAGGUAAAGGCAAAAAAAGUAAAGGACCCUUGGACAGUUAAGUCCAGUCAAAGGCAACUAUGGGGUGCGGCGCUCAUCUCACUUUCAGGCCGAGGGAGCCGGCGUUUGUCGGCUUUCCGGGUCAUGUAGCCAGCAUGACUAAACUGCUUCUGGUGCAACAGGACACUGUGACGGAAACCAGAGCGCACGGAAACGCCAUUAACUUCCCACCACAGCGGCACCUAUUUAUCUACUUGUGCUGGUGUGCUUUCAAACUGCUAGGUUGGCAGGAGCUGGGACUGAGCAACAGGAGCUCACCCCACCAACCUUCUGAUUGGCAAGCCAAGAGGCUCAGUGGUUUAGACCACAGUGCCACCCGCGUCCCUAUGUAGUGGCCUAGAGAGCGAGCUAGAUAAUCUUGUAGUGCUGAAAACUCCACCAGCAUUUGAUCUGCCCCUGCCCAGCGCUGGCAUGUGGCUCACAACAGAUCACUCACAAGGGAAUAUCACCUUCAACAGAAAAAAAAAAAGUUCCUCCACCCUUGUUCUUAAGGAGGCAGACAUUUCUUCUAUUCAUAAUAAUGCAACCAAUCGCAUGGUGACAGGAAAUCACACAUUGCUUCACUUUUUCUUCCCCUUUUUAUUUAACCCAGGCCUUUCCUCUCUUUCUUGUUUCUUUGAUUCUCUGCAGGGCCUGUGAGCAGUAUUUUGGUGAACCAGUUUGGGUGCCGGCCUGUGAUGCUUGUUGGGGGGCUCCUGGCUUCCUCUGGGAUGAUUCUAGCCUCCUUCACCACCAACAUUAUUGAGCUGUACCUGACGGCUGGUGUGCUGACAGGUUAGCGUUGGGCAAGGGGGCUGGGUGGAAAGCAGUGCCACAUGGGAAUGCAUCUGGAAGUGAGAGAUGGCAUGAGAAAUCGUCAGAGUGGUGUGAAAGUGCAAAAGGGAGGAAAGAACAUAAUGCUUGCAGCAUUUUCACACACACGAUGCUAAAUGCACCUUUUGGCUCCUUUGGGGUACGUGUGAGCAUUAUUGGUGAUAUCAGCUAGGCUUCUGUGUUUGCUUUGCAAAUUCUGUGAUUGAGUGGAGCCCAAUCAAGAGGUACUGUCUUCAUGACAUAGAACUUCAAAUAAGAGUCUGAAAUAACUCGGUAGUGUUAUAAAUUGCAUGGAUGAAUUCUGUAUUCAGGAAUUGGCUGCGCAAUGGGGACCUCAGUAAAGCUGAUAUACCAGGAUCUUGAAACCUAUACAGUGGAACCUUGCGUUGCGAAUGUGAUCCAUGCUGGAAGCACGUUUGCAACCCACACCUUUCGCAACCUGCACCGUUUGCAACUGUCUGUGCAUGUUCAGGUCGCGAUCCGGUGCUUCUGCACAUGUGCAAAACACAAUUUAGUGCUUAUGUGCAUGCGCGAGCGCCGAAACCCGGAAGUAACCCAUUCCAGUACUUCUGGGUUCGGCGCAGUGCGCAACCUGAAAUCACAUAACCUGAAGUGUCUGUAACCCGAGGUACCACUGUACAUCUCUUAAAGCCACAAUCCUCUUUUCUCACCUGUUACUCACAAAUCCCUUUAUACCCCACAGGUUUAGGCAUGGCUCUGAACUUUCAGCCUUCUCUGAUCAUGUUAGGGUCCUACUUUGACAAGCGCAGACCUCUGGCCAAUGGGCUCGCUGCGGCCGGGAGUCCCGUCUUCCUUUCAGCCCUCUCUCCACUGGGCCAAGUCUUGCUGGAGAAGUUUGGCUGGCGAGGGGGAUUCCUCAUCAUGGGGGGACUCCUGCUUAACUGCUGCACCUGCGGAGCAGUCAUGAGACCCCUGGAGCUGAACAGGAAGAAGAAAGGAGAGGAAGCCCAGGACAAAUAUGAAGCCAAAGAAAUGCUGCCCAUGGGAGGAAGGGCCGAAGAGGCUGUCAGCACCACGGACAGCGCCAAGAAGUCAAAUAAAGCCAAGAAGAAGAAGAAGAAAGGGAAGAAGCUGUUGGAUUUUUCUAUUUUUAAAAACCGGGGUUUCGUCAUUUACGCCAUUGCCAAGUUCAUCAUGGUCUUAGGUCUCUUUGUGCCCACCAUAUUGCUAGUCAACUAUGCCAAAGACUCAGGAGUGCCAGACAAAGAAGCCGCUUUCCUCCUGUCCAUCAUUGGUUUCAUAGACAUCUUUGCCCGCCCGUCCUGCGGGAUACUUGCUGGGUUGAAGCGGGUGCGGCCCCAUGUGACCUACUUGUUCAGCUUCGCUAUGCUCUUCAAUGGCCUGACAGAUAUCUUCAGCGCCAGGGCCACCGAUUACACGGCCCUUGUCAUUUUCUGCAUUUUCUUUGGCAUCUCCUACGGGAUGGUGGGGGCCCUGCAGUUUGAAGUGCUCAUGGCCAUCAUUGGGUCACAGAAGUUCUCCAGUGCCAUCGGGCUUGUGCUGCUCAUUGAGGCCUUUGCUGUGCUCAUUGGACCUCCCUCUGCAGGUAAGUCUUGGGCACCUGUUACCUGCACUCAUUUCUGCAGAGCUUAAUUGCAUGCGGGGCUUCCAUGAAAGAGCCCAACCCCAAGACAAAAACUUCAUAAAAGUAAUAAUAAAGAGCAGGGUGCAUUUGAACAUUUGCAGAAAGCUAUCCCAUCCCACUGAUGAGUCUCAGUAUAUCUGUGGUUAGGAGCCAGGGUUUGGGGGUUUAGUUUUUAUUAAAUUUUUAGCUCACUUCUUCUUCUAGGGAGUUCAUGCCUGAUCGUCUCCCAUUUUAUUUGCACAACAAUCCUUUAAGGCCUGAAAGAAGGGCCGGCCCAAGACCACCAAGUGGACUUCACAGCUGAGUAGAGAUUUGAACUCAGGUUUCCCUGAUCUUAGACUGACCCUGUAACCAUCACACUGGCUGUCAGGUCAGGGGUGUGUGGCUUCUUAGGAGAUUUGGCCACAUGAAGGUGCCGCAACACCUUAACCAUGUGUUUCUCCUGGAAAUGCCAAUAUUCCUGCUGAAAUAGCUUGCAAAUACCUUAGGGAUUCUGUUCUCUCUCCAGCCAACCUGACCUAACAUGGUGGCUUCCUAUCAUGCCAGAAUACUGGUUUAUUUCACAGGAUAGGACAUCUCCAGUUUGCAGGUAGAUACCACUUGACAUUUUACUAUGCACAUGGGCUCUCUGAAGAAGAACAGGCAACUUACUAUGGAAAGCACACAUUCUUGACUGCCUGCCUUCCCAGUUUCUGUGUGUUUCUUGGCUGGCUUAAAAAGGGAUGACUCACAGUGCUGGGAGUAAGUGACACAGCCAUCUUAUUUUUCUCUAAACCCUUUUUCAUUCUGACUCCCCUCCACCUCUUACACACAUAUGUCUUAAAGUACUAUGAAGUCCCCAUUGGUUCAUUUAAUAUACUACGUGGUGGCAAAGCGUAUUUAUUGCCAAGUGUGUUCCAGGGUGGCCCAAGGAGCCUGAUCCCUACCUUUGCAAUCCUCAGCAUCACUCUCCCUUUGUUGCUUUUCUUCCACAAGCACACGGCCCCUUUUCCUGCUAGCCCUAUAGGCUACCUAGCAUCACCAUUAACUGAACCCUGAAGCAGCAAAGAGAACAGAGUUAAGCACUAGAAACUUGGAGGAAUAAGACUUAGAAGUGAGGGUUGUGAGAUGUGUGCGUACAGGCCAGCCCAGAUUCACCUCCAACGCAAGUUGGGGGUGGAUAACAUGUGACCCUCAAUAUGUUGUUGGAUGGCAGCUCCCAUCAUCGUGUGCCACUGGGAAGCCACAAGUCAGCUAUCCCUGCCUUAAAGAAACAACUUGCUCAUCCUGUUCCUUCCAUAGUUGUAUCCUACCAUCUCUGCUGCUUCAGUGACCAGGCAGGGGAAUGCAUGGAACUAAGGAGAGGGGGAAAUAUACUGACUGUGGGUACCAUUUUCUGCCUUGAUGUCUACAUUUUGUGAGCUUUCAAGCAGCACAGCUUCCAGUUUUUGAGGAAGUGCUUUAAUACGGCAUCAACAUGAAAUUGUGGGAGGUUGCUAUAAUACAGGUAUGCUAUGCUCUCUCUCUUUGUCUUUUUUUAAAAUCCCAGGACGAUUGGUGGAUGCGCUCAAGAAAUACGAGGUUAUCUUCUACCUGGCUGGCUCGGAGGUUGUGUUGUCGUCUCUGUUUCUGGCUGUGGCUUCUUACUGCUGCCUGAGCAGGAAGGAAAAGAAGAACUCUCAGCCAGAGAACCCUCCUGCAGGCGGAGGUGGCAGUGAAACAGAGGAAGCAGAAUCAGAUGUCCCGGAAGCGGAGGACCACCCUGGAGACAACCACCACCUCUCCCGCAACAUUAACAACGCAGGGGGUGAUGCAGCGAACCACAUUGCAGAGAACAGGAACGUGGAUGGAGCCGGCAGGCUGGAAGGGGAGGGUGUAGCUUUGGUACCGGGGGGCUGUGAUGCUGACCAGACAGUGGAAAGAGACAGUUUUUAG